CUAGAUUGCUUCCUUACCCAGCCGAGAAGACCACAAAGUUCAACAAUGGCCAUCACUGACAUCCUUUCUGCUAAAGAUAUUGAAUCCGCUCUCUCCAGCUGCCAGGCUGAUGGUAGCUUCAACUACAAGUCUUUCUUCUCCAUGAUUGGUUUAUCCAGCAAAACUCCUGAUCAGAUAAAGAAAGUUUUUGCAAUCCUUGAUCAGGACAACAAUGGUUUCAUUGAAGAAGAGGAGCUUCACAUGUUUCUGAAGAAUUUCUCUUCAAGUGCCAGGGCCCUCACCCCCACGGAGAUCAAGGACUUCAUGACUGCAGGUGACUCUGAUGGUGAUGGCAAAAUUGGAAUGGAAGAAUUCCAGGCUAUGGUGAAGGCAUAAACAGCAUCAGACCAAAGGCAACCUUGGACUGACUCUUCCAAUUACCUCGUCCAACAAGCACUUCGCACUCAGCAUGUGUUUGUACAUUUUUAUAUUGUUUCAGGCAUUAACAACCCCCCAGGUUCACACACCAGAUUGCUGAGAAAUCUUGCAGUGUACAGAUGUUU